AAAUGGCGGCGCCAGGCGCCGGCUCGGCUUUGCCCUGCUGAGAGCAGGGGAAGGUUGCCCUGCACAAAGAUGGCCGACACAGACUCCUGACGGGGCAGAGUAUGCCAGAGACCAUCUGUGACUAAUGUUUUCAAGAUAUUUCCACUUGAUGAGGUUAUGGGAGAGAAGGAGCCAUGUCAGAAGAAGCUGUUAGUGAGACACGCUUUUCUUUGAAGACAGCAGCUUCACGGGUAUUUCAUCUUCCCCUUUCAUGGUAUUAUUCUCUUAUCCAGAUAAAACUUUCCCCUGGGUUAAAGAAGUUGUUUACAGUAACAGCAGUGAGUGCAAUAUCUGUUAUUUUUCUGGCCCAUCAUUUUAAAAGAAGAUGUGGAAAGAAAAACAGGAAAGCGUCACCAUGGGAACCAAGUCAUAUAGUAUUAGAAUGUACCAAAGCAGCUGCAUCAGAAAAAGGUUCUAGUUGUUCCAGUAGCCGGCAAAACUUGACUCUUUCUCUGAGCUCUGCUAAGGAAAAAGGAUCUCAGUCUUGUAUCUAUGCAAAUGGAGGACUUUUCAGUAAAUACUCCGGUUCAGUUCAGAGUCUGGCCUCGGUUCAAAGUGUAACCUCUUGUCACAGUUGUGCUUGUGCCAAUUCCAAUUCCUGGGAUAAAGCAGAUGAAGAUGAUAUUAAGCUUGUCAAUAUUCCAGUGACCACACCUGAAAAUUUAUAUUUGAUGGGUAUGGAGCUCUUCGAGGAAGCACUGCGUAGAUGGGAGCAGGCAUUAACUUUCCGUAACAGGCAAGCAGAGGAUGAAGCAAGUUGUGGUUCCAUCAAGCUGGGAGCAGGAGAUGCAAUUGCAGAAGAAAGUGUAGAAGAUAUCAUUAGUGCUGAAUUCAUUCAUAAGCUUGAAUCCUUGCUUCAAAGAGCUUAUCGUCUUCAGGAGGAGUUUGAGGCCACCCUUGGGGCCGCUGAUCCUGCUUCCCUAGCUAAUGAUAUUGAUAAAAAUACAGACAUUACUGUAAAGGAUAACACAGAUGAUUUCUGCCUUCGAGAUACAUUAAGCAUUGCAUCAACGGACUCCUUUGUUUCCACAGCUGAGCUUACAGAGCACAGAGAGAUUCGUAGUACCUAUAGUUUAGAUUCCCUCUGCCAUUGUCCGCUGUAUGAAGAAGCUAUGCACUUGGCAGAAGAAGGCAAAAUUUAUUCCCGAGUGUUAAGGACUGAAAUAUUUGAAUGUCUAGGAGACAGUGACUUUCUUGCUAAGCUUCAUUGUAUUCGACAAGCUUUUCAGAUAAUUCUUUCAGAAACAGCUAACAGAAUAUUUCUUGCUGAAAGUGGAAGGAAAAUUUUAUCUGCUUUAAUUGUGAGAGCACGGAAGAAUCCAAAGAAAUUUGAAGAUGUCUUUGAUGAAAUGAUACAGUUUUUGGAACAAACGGAUCACUGGGAUAAUACUGAAAUGGAACUUGCUGCUAGAGGGGUGAAAAACCUGAAUUUUUAUGAUGUUGUUUUGGACUUCAUAUUAAUGGAUUCCUUUGAAGAUUUAGAAAAUCCACCAAUAUCUAUACAGAAUGUAGUAAACAACCGCUGGCUAAAUUCUUCUUUUAAAGAAACAGCUGUGGCUUCAAGCUGUUGGUCAGUACUGAAGCAGAAAAGACAGCAAAUGAAGGUACCUGAUGGAUUUUUUGCACAUUUCUAUGCUAUAUGUGAACAUAUCAGCCCUGUUUUGGCAUGGGGCUUUCUGGGCCCUAGGAACUCCCUUUAUGACCUAUGCUGCUUCUUCAAGGAUCAAGUGCUUUUCUUCUUGAAAGACAUUUUUGAUUUUGAAAAGGUGCGAUACUCAAGCAUGGAGAGUUUGGCUGAAGAUCUUAUGCAAUUACUAAUCCGACGCACUGAACUUCUAAUGGCCUACCUUGGAGCAGAUUCACUAAGACAUGUCAGCGCUUGCGUAAGUGGUCAUGGCCAUGUCAUGACCAGUGGGCUUUUAGAAGCGAAAGUACAGUAAGCUUAAAGUACAUGACAAACAAAAUGGAGUGCACAUUGACUCACUCCUUCCCACCUUUCUUUCUAUAACCCCAAAGCUAUCAUUGCUCUUACUGAGCAAACAUCUGAAAAUGUACCACAUUGCUAAAUAUAGAAAAGGACUCAGGGAGGUUAAAAAAUACAUCUAGGAAAAGAACUGGUGUGCAUAGUAUUGUAUAUAUCUAAAUUAAAUUUGCAGCCCAGCUGUCACUGUAUUUGUAUUUAAUGUAUCCCAAAGCUUUUUUUCUGUAAUAUUUGGGUAAAGUUUGUUUAUGAAAUACUGUACUUAUGCCACAGAUUAUUUGUGAUUGAAGCUGAUGGAGUUGUUUAAAGUCUUGUACUACAAAUGCUUAUUACAGUGUCUUGAAGUCAUUAUGUGUUUAGAUCUAGAAAGUGUUUCAACUAGGGCAUAUACACUCUGAUUUAUGUGACACAUGCAAUAAAAUAAUUACACUCACAAAAUUGAACAUGUUGCCACUGCCCUGAAAUUACAUUUGUGUGGGUGUAGGCUGUCAUUUUAUAUUACAGCAUAAGAGUAAUGGAGUAAAUAGAGGUAUCAUUUGGGCAGUAAUGACCUUCACUAUGCUUUUUUUUUACUUUAUUUUGUUUAAAGAUACCUAAUCAUUAAAAUGAUCACUUCAGACCACUCUUUUAUUUAUUUUAAAAGCUGUGGUAGUCUCAUCACCUAAUUUAAGACUUUUCCUUUUUCCAAAGCACUUAGGAAUUUACUGGCUAUGAGUAACACCAUUCUUGGUUCAAAUGUAGCAUUUAAAACUGUAUCCUUAAAUAGGGCUGUAUGAUGAGAUCUGUUAUUCAUGAAACAGAAUCAAAGGCACAGUGAGUUAUAAUUAAAAGGAUUUUAGUCUCACUCACUUCCUUGUAGGCAGUCAGUUGUCAGUUUAAGAGGAAAUUUAAGUAAUUGUGUCCAUCUAUUCAGAUGUGCAAAACUGUCUAAGGAUAUGGAACCCUUAACUUAGGGGCAUAGUAUAGUAGCGAGGCAUCAGGCAAUUGCAGCAGUUUUCUUUUUUUCCCCUGUGCUAGAGAUGAUAAAUAAGGAUGAUCUAUGUAUCCCAUAGACUGAAGUUAGUUAUUAGCUUUUAAACUAUAUUUAUGUAUGCUUUGCCACACAAAGCCAGCCCACAAAAAUCUGUGCUAUGUUACAAGUAUAUAUAAGUAAUACAAAGUAAUUCUAAAUGUUGAGGUACUUUAGAAGCCUUUUAAAAAAAAUCUAGCAUAUGGAAACAAACUUGAAUUAGUAAAUACAUUCAACUUUUGUUACAAACAACCCAAAAUCAUAGUUGAAAAGGAAGGCCUGUGUAAUUCACAGACUUCAGUGAAGUCACUGCUUCACUUCUUUUGUCUUGCUCAUUUGAUAAAUGUAAAAAGUAUGAAAAUGAGUCAUAUGACUUUUCUAUAAAACAGAAAUUCUAAAUGCUGCUGUUGACCUAUUUCUACCAUUCAAGCUGCUGAAAUUGGCACUAUGCUAUAUUUUUUUCUUAGCAGAGUCUCUCUUCAGUACCAGGAUCUGAACAUUUUUUUCAGCCUUCUCAUUUAGCUUAUCUCCUUAAUCUUACAGCUCCAAAAUGUACAUAUUUCAGCAGCUGUUUGCAAGGCUGUGAAUGAAAUUAUAGGGAACAAUAAGAUGUUCCAUUAGAUUACAGAAUCAAUAAGAGUAGCUGGAAAUAAAAGUAACAGAGUAAACAGCAUAUUCACAACAAAGGUACUACCUGAGAAAGUGUAAAGUGUCAAAGGAAAUUAUCUACCAUAAUUUGUCUAUAGUAAUAAUUAUAUAUAUAGUAAUAGAAGGAUAUUAAGAAAAUUACCCCUUAAUGUUCAUCACAGAAAAACAAUUGUUGCGUUUUGUGUGGAGUGUUUUUUUUAUAUAUAUAUAGAAGCAACGGUAUAUUUAAAUGUUUUCAUGAUUUUUUAAAAAAUUGUAAUUGGCAAUAUCUCCACAUUAUUCAUAAGAAGUGGUGCUUGAAGAAAGUGCAGCCCAAACAUUAUUAAAUGGUGUUACCAUAGAAGUGUAGAAUUUUCAAAUAAUUUAAUAGUUUGGUCUUCUGUCAAGUGAAAUGUAUUCAUUUAGAUCAUGAUUGUUCCCAUGACAGUCAAAAGUCCACAGGAUCAAGGCAAAAAUCAGACUCAUGUACUUCCCAUCCAUGCUGUCGCCUAUAUGUUUCAUUCAGACUUUGGCUUUUAAUUGUGUGAAUUUCCAAAACAUUUAAGGAAGGAAGGAAGGAAGAAACCUGCAGAAAUGUGUAGGUAGACUCUUGACUUAUUCUGGGUCUUUUUGGACCUUUUCCUGAAAAGCAUUCAGGAACUAUAUAAUAUUCUGUCCGUACUAACUCAAAAACAGAAUUGUAAAUUUAAAUGGAAGAUUAUUGAUUCCUUGUAACCCAGAAGGUUUAUAAAGAAUAUUUAUAACCAACCACCUAGCUGAAGGAUUUCAAAAGUCUACCAUUUCUGAAAACAGGAAUGCCAGAUUUGCACCAAAACAAUGAUAGUGUGAUGUAACUGUACUUCAGUAGUUAUAGCGUAUUUCAUAAUAAAAGUAAAAAUUUGGUUUAAAACUUCUGAAAUAAACAGUUUUGAGUGCCACUUUCCGUGCUAAAAGCAAACUAAAUUUAAAAAGCAUCUUCUUUUGCCAUAACUAUAUUCCUAAAAUCAGAAAUAUUGAACGGUGCAAGAUUUAAACAAGAACUGAAUAUUUCUAUCAUUUGUAAUUUAGUUGUAAUAUUACUUUUAAUGUGUUUUUAAUCACUGUUAUACUUCACUUUUGUAGUCUUAUGUUUCUAUCAGACUAAACAUGUCAAAUCAAGUGCUAGAGUAAGCAUAUUUGUGAACUUUCUAUUGCCUAAAUGAACUGCAGUUGUGUAUACUAAAUAAAAUAAUGAGAUGAAAUGAAUAUGGAAGAAAACUGGUUAACUUAUUGUAAGUUGGGUAAGGCAUUUCUUUUAAUGAAGGAAAAAAAAGAACAACUUUGCAACUUUCUACUGACAUCCAUCUCGUUGCAUUUCAGCUUAAAAUAACUGGC